GGCGAGAGGCUGGAGCCGGGGGAUGUCCCGGCGCCCACGGCCCUCGCCAGCCUGGAGUCCGGCUACCGCUUCCGGGCCUUCGCCGGCGGCUUCGAGCGGGUGGAGGGGGCGCUGGCGCGGCUGGAGUCCAGUGGCUUCUACUGGGCAGCCCUCUCGGGGGCCGAGGCCACUUGGCGCCUGUCCCGGCAGCCGGUGGGGACCUUCCUGCUGCGGGACUCCGCCGACCCCCGGCACCUCUUCACCCUCAGCGUGCGGACCGAGGCGGGCAUCACCAACCUGCGGGUGCGCCAGCGCCGGGCCAGCGCCUCGGGGGAGGGGGGGGCCUUCUACCUGGAGACGGAGGGCGGAGGGCCGGCCGCGCCAGCCGCCGCCUACAACUGCGUGGUCAAGCUGGCUGACCACUACGUCCGCCUGUCGGGCGAGGGGGCGGCGCUGGUCCGGCGCCAAGGGGGGCGGGGGAGAGGGCACGACCCCCUGCCCCUCCUGCUGCGCAGGCCCCUGCUCUGCAAGGUGGCCACCCUGCAGGACCUGUGCCGCCGGGCGCUCAACCUCCACCUGGCCGCGGGCAGGGGUGCUAGGGAGCGGCUGGAGGCCCUUCCCUUGCCCAGCAGCCUGAGGGACACCCUCAGGGACUAAAGACUGGCACAUUUAAAGGGGG